ACGCUCAUUUGGAGACCACCGGGCUGGAAAAUUAGUCCAAAGCCAUUGUAUUCAUCUAGACUCUGGAGAAGCCAACAUUUGGUCUGAAAAUCAGUUUCAAGCAACUGUCUACAAUGUAUCAUAACUUUUCCAGUAAACCCAACUCUGUCCAAUCCAAGAAUGCAUAUCUUAGCCGUAGUUCCCCUGGAAUCUAGAGCUCAAAGAAAUAAUGGAUAUAGAAAAGUGUAAGUCAAAUAUGCUGCGUCUCAAAUCAAACAUCCUUCCUGUUGUAUAGUUAUGCCAACAGCAUGUGACUAAUAAAUGCCAAGAAAUAGCAAUUUUGAAGCGUCUAUCAAUCAAAAGCCGUUCUCGACUCUCCUAGUUCUAACAAUCGUCAUUGUACCCGCCUUGCUGCACAUAGUAGGAAGUUCCGAGAGAAAAGUGGAAUUAAACGUAUGGCUCAUGGCCAAUAUUGAUUCUUGUCGUCCCAUUUAGUCAGUCAUUAGAAACCCCCUGAUGCAGCACAAAUACUGAUUAGGUGUACCUCCAGACUAUGAAGCAAAUAAAAGGUCUCCUAGCCAUGGUGCUAGGUGUCAUUGAGCGUGUUAUCCAGUACAUAAUUGGUGUCGAUGACAAAAAGCUGUAUUCAUUGGACCAUGCCAUUCUUAGCAUGGAGGUACCCCCUAGAAGCAUGUGGAUG